AUGUUGCAUAAUGACUACCUUUUUGUUAAUGGAAUUGUAUGUUUAUUUCAUCAGAACUUACAACAAAGCAAGCAGAAGACACAAGGACUCAUAAUGUUUGGGGAAUAUGUUGUUGGGGAUAUGGACAUCGCUUCCAGGACAAGAAGGAUUGCUAAUGGAUGCCCCAAGGAUAUCUGCCUGUGGGCAAAAUCCGGAGACGGGAACGUUUAUAUUCCAUAUGUUAUAUCCAGCAACUACAGUGUCUAUGAAUCGCAAGUAAUACAGGACGCAUUGGAGGAAAUUGCAAGCCUCACCUGCAUCCGUUUUAUCAAGCAGACAUCAGAGACCGAUUACCUUAGCUAUCAGCCUCAGGUUGGAUGCUGGUCUAUGGUGGGACACAUUGGAGGUUUACAGACCAUCUCUUUGGAUACUCCAGGAUGUAUAGUGAAGGGAAUUGCCAUCCAUGAAUCCCUACAUGCCCUGGGUCUUCACCACGAACAUGUGAGGACGGACAGAAACAACUAUGUGAAUGUCCUGUUGGAUAACGUCAUAGAAGACUACACUUAUGCUUUCAUGGUGAUUGAUACCCUCAAUGUUGAUCUAACCAAAUACGAUUAUGGCUCCAUCAUGCAUUACGCUAGAUAUGCCUUUUCCAAAAAUGGCAAGCCUACACUGGAAUCCAUUCCCGACGACAAUGUCGCCUUUGGACAGAGGUAUGGCAUGAGCAAUUUGGAUGUCCUAAAAAUCAAUACCCUCUACAACUGCUCAUCUGGUUUGAAAGCUUCUAAUGGUGAGACAACCACCAUAAAAACUCCAACUACAACCACCACAACCACCACAACCGCUACAACCACCACAACCGCCACAACCACCACUACUGCCGCGCCUAUUCUGUUCAUACCCAAUACUUGUAAGGGUGUUCUGACGCUGACAGCCCAACAGGGAAUUAUCGCUUCCCCCAAUUUCCCGAACAACUACCCAAAUAUUGCCUACUGUCAAUGGACAAUCAGCACCACCUCUAAGAUUAAUAUCACCUUCACAGAUUUUGAUGUAGACGGUGACACGAAGAGCGUCUGUAAUGAUGUGCUUUGGAUCUACGACUCGCAGUAUUUGCUUGCUGCCUACCAGAAGGUCUUUUGUGGGCAGACAUUGCCACCAUCCUUUAUAUCCCGGGGGAAAACCAUGCAGAUCAUCUUCCUCAGUGACGCCACUGUCUCUAGGAAAGGGUUUAGACUUGUAUAUGGACCAGGUUAGUUCAGUUCCAAUUCUGUCCUUAUUUUAUCAGCUCGAAUCAUUGCCAAAAA